AUGGAAGGCGGAGUUGCACAGACCGGCGAGAUGGAGAACGGCGCUGCCGUCGGCGCUCCCCUGGGGGGCUCUUCGCGCCCCACCGGCCACAUGGCCCCGCACGUCGAGAUCAAGUUGUUUGUCGGUCGCGUGCCGCAGUCGAUGGAAGAUGCUGCCUUGCGGCCGAUCUUUGAGGAGUUCGGCGAAGUCAAAGAGGCAGUGAUUAUCCGCGACAAGGCAACGGGCAAGCACAAAAACAGCGCCUUCGUCAAGAUGGGCUCGAUUGCUGCCGCAGACGCGGCGAUUCGGGGGUUGAACAGCACGCGUAUUUUGGAACAGAGCAUGGGUCCGAUCACCGUCAAAUACGCGACGGGUGAGGCCGAGAAGUUGGGGUUUGCCACCUCGUCCUGCGAACCUGGCCAAGACCAGGCGAAACUCUUCAUCGGCUCCAUUCCUCGCAUGAUGACUGAGGACGAAGUUCGCCAGUUCUUCUCCACCUACGGCACAGUCGAGGAAGUUUUCGUCAUGAAGGACAACGUCCAAAACACUGGCAAGGGUUGCUGCUUCGUCAAGUUCGCCUUCAAGGAGGAGGCGCUGCAUGCAGUGCGCACUCUCAGCGGAAAGCACACCUUCGAGGGAUGCUCGCGCCCCGUCGAAGUCCGCUUCGCAGAGUCCAAGGCUGCUCGCCAGCAGCAACUCCUGAACCAACAAGGCAUGGGAGGCCCGCAGGGCAUGCGGGGACCUGGCCGCAUGGGGAACAUGGCGGGUGGCAUGGGCGGCGGCAACAUGAACAUGGGUGCGCCCGCGAUGGGCAUGGGCGGCGGUGCGCAGAUGGGAGCUCCGAACAACAGCAACCCGCGCGCCGCUGGCCAGUGGAAGGAGUACUUCACGCAGGACGGCAGACCGUACUACCACAACGAGUACACGAACGUCACGACGUGGGACCGUCCCCAGGAAUUCUAUCAACUCCCCCCCGCCCCGCCCCACAUGGGCGGCGCUGGCGGAAUGGCCGCGGGAUCCGGCUCUAACAGCAACGCAGAAGGUCCCCCCGGUGCGAACAUUUUUGUGUUCCACGUCCCGAACGAGUGGACCUACUACGACUUGAUGCAGAACUUUGGCGGUUUCGGGAAUGUCGUUUCUGCGCGCGUCGCGACGGACCGAACGACUGGCCGAAACAGGGGCUUCGCUUUCGUCUCCUACGACAACGUGGAGUCGGCCGCGACGGCCGUGAACAACAUGAACGGCUUCAUGGCAGGUGGAAAGCGCCUGAAGGUGUCGGUGAAGAAGGGCGAGGAGCAGUACGUCCAGCACCUGCUCCAGCCGCAGAACAACCCGCAAGGCCCGCGGGGAAACGCAGGCAGCGGCAUGCAACAACAGUGGGGCGGCUACAGCCAAGGCGGCGGUGUGUACGGAGGAAGCGGUGGCCAGCAGCGCUUUACGCCCUACUAG